AUGUUUCUGAACGGCGCGUGGCCCAUCUCCUCCGUCGCCACGCGCCACGCGCCACCGCCACCCACCCUCUCCAUCCAACUCGGCCUCUUCUCCACCGAAACCUCCUCUCUCCAUCGCCUCCACCGCCCGCCCUCUCCUCUUCCGCCGCUUCUCUCCGUCGCGCCUCUCUCCAUCGCGCCCGCGCCUACCUCCGCCGGCCUCAAAAGGAACGUGGGUCGCUUCGGUCCGGCGCUGCGCGUGCCCGUCCCGUACCUCCACUCGCUCGCCGGCGAACUCCGGCUCGACCUCCCGCGAGCGAUUUCCUCCGGCGACGGCGCCACUGUUCCCGGCCGCGAUCACCGGGAUUGGCUCGUCGUCAUGAUUAAGCCUGGUGGCGAUGGAGCUACGAAGCAGCGGAUGAUCGACUGUCACGUUGAAACCCUGGCCAGAGUUGCUGGCAGGCUAUAUGCGAAGAGGAAGCAGAUAAGAAGAUCUACUAUGUCUGCUUUGAGAGAUGCUUUGUUUUUGGGUGUGAGAUCGAGCAGGAGAUGGUCCAACAAGCUCGGAGGGUUGCCUUGGAUGUUGUUUGUGAUUCCGGAGUCAUAUGUCAAUCCUGAAUACAAGGAUUGUGGAGGUGAGUUGUUUGUGAAUGGGAAGAUUGUUCAAAGAUCACCGGAGAGACAAAGAGACUUGAGCCACAACCUCAGGUAGUCAUAGACAGAGACUAGCCAAAAUCUGAUGAAGAGCACGUGACACUCAUUGGUUGGAGAAAAUGGAUGGAGGUACUAAGUAAUGAACAAACCUGUGUAGCCAGUUCUCAGGAGUAAAAAGGAAGGUUCUAUGGGUUAUUGGAGAAUGCAAUUCCUUGUCCAAGUUAUUGCAGUGCUCGAGUUCCUUGCGUUCAGUUUGUAAAUUUGCACCAGGCCUGAUCUUUCCAGGAUCCUUUCUUGUGUGGUUGAAAAAGAUGUACAUAUGGCAUGUGGUUUCGGUGGUGCUUACUCAUUGAGCCAGACUCCAGGGAAGGUAUGGCAUAGGAUUGGCUACUGGAUGGUCUGAUUACAUGUUCACUUCAAUGCAUUUCAACCCCAGAUGAAGGUUGGUCUUAUGUGGAAGCCAUCCUAUUCGAGGUUUGAGAUGGAAAUCAUUUUGCCGGGAAGAUCACGAGAUGCCGUUGAGCAGCCUCGAAUUGGGAUGCCUAAUUCGAUGUGAUUCCACAAAUCUAUCCAAUCAACGUUAAAAGGAUGAGAAAUUGGCAUGCCUCAUUCGAUGUGAUUCCACAGAACAAUUCAAUUGAAGUUACAAGGAUCAGAAAGUUAUGGAGUGAA